AAUUAGAAGAAUUAUUAUAUUCCCGCAAACUUCCCUUCAUUUUAUACAUGACUAGCAAUCUCAUUUGCUCCGGCACGUUAACUGGUAUGUUUCCGGCUUGACGAACUCUUCCCUCUCCGGCCAGCUGCGAUGAAUCACCGCCUCCUUGUCCUCCGCACAGUCAUCGGCAUCAUCGGGAAUAUUGUUUCCGCAGCUCUGUUCAUUUCGCCAGCACCAACGGUUUACAGAAUCAUAAAAAACAAAUCAGUGGAAGGCUUCCAUCCAUGGCCGUACCACGCGGCGCUGAUGAACUGCUUAAUGUGGGUGUUCUAUGCCAUGCCGUUCGUCCAUCCACACAGCAUUCUCGUCAUGACCAUAAACACGGCAGGCAUCGUCUUGGAGCUCUUCUAUCUGCUCGUCUUUUUUUACUUCAACAAUUCAAGAAGACGGGGGAGAAUGGUGGGCUUGUUCCUUAUUCAAUUGAUUUUACUUUCUGGGAUAGUUGCUGGGACCCUCCUGGGUGCGCACACCAUAGAGAAGAGAACCAAAAUCGUGGGAUCAUUGUGUGUGGUCUUCGGGAUCAUUUUGUACGCGUCGCCUCUUUCCGUCAUGCUGACUGUGAUCAGAAGCAGGAGUGCGAAGUACUUGCCGGGUUGGCUCGUUGCUUCAGGCUUUGCUAAUGGAAUCCUCUGGGCAGCAUAUGCUUGCAUUAGAUUUGACGUAUUUAUCUUAGUGAGCAAUGGUGUGGGAACCAUCCUAUCCUUCUUGCAGAUUUUGCUCAAACUCUUUUAUGGCAAUGGUCCAAGGCGUGAAGAUGCCAUCCACAAUGUGGAUGACCAGAAUGAAGAUGGCCAGAAUGUGGUUUGACCAUUGGGUUUGCGACGGUUUUUUGUUUGCAGCUCUUUGUAUCGAUGUAGUUGAGUUGAUGAUUCGAUUAGUCGUUUUGUCUUGCACUCUUCAGUUCUGAGAAUUUUUCAUUCUCUUCUGGAUAUCCCACACUCAGCCAGUCUUUUGGCAUGUCUGGCUAGCUGCAAGAUGAAUAGCAAUACAUAAACCGAGUACAUAUACACAUCUCUUCAUAAUGUCUUUGUGCUCAACCUUACUAAAGAUGUCUAGAUCUGUUACGUAGUACUAGUACUAGUUAUUUGCGGAGAUUUAUACGUUCUAAAACAAAGGGGAAAUUUUG